GCACGGCGCCAUUUCGUGCCCUGGUGUGUUGUUGCAGUGUGAGCGAGCAGACACCCACUCUGUCUUCAAACAAUACUGCGUCGAAUUUUAAUCAUUUUUAAUCUUAAGCUCCCGGUGAGUAUUUUGAUUCGAGAGAUUUUUGUGACUUUUUUAUUUUUUUUGCCUGACUAUGAACUUAUCUUUGGAGCAUAUUUUUAUUUUUAUUUUUUAGCAUUUUUCUGGCUGGUUUGGUGGCGUACAUUUUGUGAUGCAGAGGUAGAACAGCCUGCGAAAGAAUUGCUUUGACAUGGCGACUUUUUUUUUUUUUUUUUGGUUUUGUUUUUCGAUAUUUUUUCACAGAGUAACUUUUUCGCAAGACUACUUCCCCAUAGCUCAGAUGUGUUUGUGACGGAUCGGGUAUUUUUGAAGGUCUCUUACACAGCUUCAGUUUAAUCAGGCAGACAGACGACUCGACCCGAGUAACACAGAAUGGAUCUCUCGCCAACUACAAGCAGCCUGAUGGCGAGUAAUGUGACCAACAAGACGGACCCACGCUCUCUCAACUCGCGCGUCUUCAUCGGCAACCUGAACACCAUGCUGGUGACCAAGGCAGACGUGGAGGCCAUCUUCAGCAAGUACGGCAAGAUUGUGGGCUGUUCAGUGCACAAGGGCUACGCCUUUGUCCAGUACUCGAAUGAGCGGAAUGCACGUGCUGCCGUGGACGGGGAGGAUGGACGAAUGGUCGUUGGACAAGUCCUGGAUAUUAACCUGGCCGGUGAACCAAAACCUCACAGAUCUAAGACUAUCAAGCGCUCAGCAGGAGAUAUGUACAGCCCUUCGAUUGAGCUCGACUAUGACUUCCAGCGAGAUUACUAUGACAGGGUGUAUUCGUACCCCUCACGGGUGCCUCCUCCCCCUCCUCCGCUCUCCCGCGCAGUCAUUCCCUCCAAGCGGCCACGGGUCAGUGUGAGUGGUAGCCGCCGUGCCAAGAGCAGCUUCUCCACCAAGAGCAGCCAGAGAACCUCCCGCACCAUGAGAGCUGAUGACCUGCAAACAAUCAAGAAGGAGCUGACUCAAAUCAAACACAAAGUGGACUACCUGCUGGAAAGCCUGGAGAGGAUGGAAAGAGAACACAGCAAGAAAUCAGAUGGGAAGAGCAUUAAAGCAGAGGAGACAUCCCCCCAGCAUCCCAGCAUGAAAAAGGAUCGAGAGAAUGCGGAAAUCAACGACUACGAAGAAGAGGGUGAUUUGGAGGAAGAGGAGAUCAAGAGUCAGGGAAGGGAGGAAGAUGAAGAGGACGAUGAUGGAGAACAGGAGGAAGGAGAGGACGACGGAGACAGCACUAACGGAGAGCACUCUUAAACCGCUCGUUCUUAUGCAAACACAGACUUUACGCUGAAAUAUGUGGGUGUCUAAAAUUACGCCACACAGCAUGCAUGCAUUCUGUUAAAUCCACACAUCUCGGGUGAAUAAGUAAACAAAUAAUCGUACAAACGAAAAAUCAGAUCCUCUUCAGAACACAGCUACAUUCUCAUUUUUUCCACCAUUCCACAGUUUUCCUAAUACAUUUUUUUUUCUCCUCCUUCCAUCAGCAGGCUUUAAAGAUUACCUAUCGAUUGUCGCACUUCCAUUCCUAACCAGUUAGUGGCAGUGGCAGUGUCACUCACUAUUUCAGUUGUAAAGUUCAACUGGAUUUGAUUCUAAACUGAUUUUAUGGGGUGAGUAGGUCUGAGGUUUCACAUCACCCAUCAACAAGAAAAAGUUUAGCUUGUACAAUAUAUACUUUUACUUUUAAAUUUUUUUUUGUCUUGGGUUUUUCGUUGUGAGUCUAGUGACAUUAAGUGGAGGGCUGAUUUUCAGAGACAUGUUUGUUGCUGUUUCAUUCUACUUAACUUGUUUUCUUUAUGUCCUGUAAUAAAUUUAAAUAAAAGUUAUAGAUGUUUUGUGAAACA